ACACACACACACAUACUCUCUCUCUCUCACACACACACACACACACACACACUCACUCACUCACACACACACGCUCAGGGGCGCUUCUCCACCUGUGAGCAGACACGCCGACAGACAGACAGACACACAGAGAAAGAGAGACAGACAGCUCUAGUCAUGUCCGCAUCAGGGAAUCACUCAAACUUCACAAACAGAUUCGCGCAGUCUCCGUGGCGCGUAACGCUCUGGUCGCUCGCGUUCGCGCUGGUUUUGCUGGUGGCCGUGACCGGAAACCUGAUCGUCAUCUGGAUUAUUCUUGCGCACAAGAGGAUGAGAACCGUCACCAACUACUUUCUGCUGAACCUCGCGGUGUCUGACGUGUCUGUGGCCGCGCUCAACGCAACGGUUAAUUUCGUGUACGCCGCGCACGGGGACUGGUACUUCGGUGACGCGUACUGCCGCUUCCAAAACUUCUAUCCGGUGGCCGCGGUGUUCGCGAGCAUCUACUCCAUGAGCGCCAUCGCGUUAGACAGGUACAUGGCGAUAAUCCACCCGCUGAAGCCCCGCCUCUCUGCAACAGCCACAAAAGGCAUGAUCGCGUGCUUGUGGAUUCUGGCCGUGAUUCUGGCAUUUCCGCUGUGCUUUUAUUCCACAACACGAGCUGUUCCGCCCAGAAUACUCUGCUAUGUGGAUUGGCCACGACCUGCAGAUGACCCCAUCAUGUAUCAUGUGAUUGUAGCAGUGCUGGUUUAUCUCCUGCCUCUUGUGGUAAUGGCCGCCACCUACAGCAGGGUUGGACUCACUCUGUGGGGGGGUGAAAUUCCAGGACAUUCCUCAGAAAACUUCCAGGAUCAACUAAAGGCCAAACGAAAGGUUGUGAAGAUGAUGGUGAUCGUGGUGGUAACAUUUGCGAUCUGUUGGCUGCCGUAUCACGCGUAUUUCAUUGUAACGGGACUCAACAGAAAGCUGAAUAAAUGGACGUUCAUCCAGCAGGUGUAUCUGUCUGUGCUGUGGCUGUCAAUGAGCUCAUCAAUGUACAACCCUAUUAUAUACUGCUGCCUGAACAGCAGGUUCCGUGCGGGAUUCAAGCGAGUGUUUCGCUGGUGUCCCUUCAUUCACAUGUCGAACUUUGACGAGUUGGAACUCCACACGAUCCACUUCAAACAGAACCGCCACAGCAGCCUUAACACGGUCACACGCAUGGAUUCUAGUGCCGACGCCAUCGCAAACUCCACGAGACGCAAGAGCUCAUGCGGCAGUCACCGCAGCAGCCAAUCACGGACCUCCACACGCCUGUCACUCAAUGGCGGUCUCUGUGGCAACCCUGUAAGCACAGCAGGGAAAGAACUCAGCUAAGAGCCAAUCACAAACAAGAACACAAGAACUUCACAUCAGCCACCGUAGUUCAGUCAACAACUUAUAUUCUCACUGUAUAUAUAUAUGAAAUUAAACACACUUUGUUUUCAGUAUUCAAGCACAUUUUCAUGAAGUAUGUUCUCACACUAGAGCUUUUGGUCUACUUGACGUCAGAGUUGUGUAGUGCCGUUUUAAACAACGCACCUCUCUGUCGAGUUGGAUAUUUCCAAAUAACCCCACCCCUAAAUAAGUCAUGACCCCUCGCUUCCUGCUGAUUCUGGGUUUUAACUAAUCAAAUAACUUUAUCUCUAUAAAGUUAUAACCAAACUAUCAGAUCAUUAAUUGUAGUGUAAAUAAACCAAGAUAAUAAAUAUAAUUCAUUUACAAUUAAAUGCAAGGUGGCUCCAACACUGUAUGGUCAAAGCAUUUAGCAUUUACCUUAAUAUAUAACAAAUGGAGCCAUAAUACAAGAAUAGAUUUCUUAUCACAUAAUUCUGCUAACAUUAAAACAGUUAUUCAUACACAUCAUCAAUGUAUUCAAUUAAACAUUUAGAAUUCAUCUUCAGUCUAUAGAUCCAUGCACACGUUUUGCACAGUUUGUUCAGUUCAGCAUACAAUCCACUAUACAAACAUUUACAAAUUGUCUCUACAGUUCAAUCCUUAUAAAUCACUGUCAAGCGUAUAAUCAGUAAGCCCAAAGUCGGUGCAAGUGAAAGAGUCAAUAGUGCUGGAGGUUAAGAACUCUACAGGUGUGCAUCAGUCUGUCUGUAGAGUUAAACAGAGUUGCGGAUUGGUCUAUCGAGUACACUGUUCUUGGUUUUGACCCACACCUACCAUACAAGACUUUGGAAUCUGCCAUAAUUUCCAGGAUUCUACUCAUUCUCCAACAAUAGGGAGGUUUCUUCAAUGACAAGAACAAGGUGUACAGGUUUUAUGUUGUGUCUUCUUAUUCCAUUUGUGCCAUUCUUGCAGUAGAGGUAGAUACCCCCUGGUCCAUCUCCGACAAAAAAUAUCAGCAAUAUAUAUAUAUAUAUAUAUAUAUAUAUAUAUAUAUAUAUACUGGUCCUCUUUUCUGAAGAGCCCAGGUGGAAGAGGUGGCCAACUCUUGAGUCGUGGUUAGGUGUGAGAGCCUCUAUAUCACUUGGGUGAUCUGAAGCUUUGGGAAGCCAAAUGUUCAUGAUGGCCUCGACCUCACACAUGGCUGUAUGCAGUGCUUCAUCAGUAAGUGCUUGCUCUCUCAGCACAUGUGGCAGGAUAUAUUUGGUUGAGCGGAUCAGGUGUUCCCAAAGACCUCUAUGAUGAGACCCAAAUUUCCACAUAAUACCCAUGCCUUUAAAGGCCUAAAAGUUGUUUUGAUCCAGGGCCUUAAUGGCUGUCCUGAAUUUAUGAUUGGCACUCUCAAAAUGAGUCCCAUUGUCUGAUCUCAGCUCCAUACAGGUCAUGCUUAUACCGUAAGAUCUUUUGUUGUGCCGCCGUUGCAUGCAAACAAUGACAAGUGAUGCAUUCUUUAAUCAUUCUCCACACCAUUGCAUGGGGGAUCCAAAUAUUUUUCUGUCGUUUUGACAAUGUGUGAUUCCUUCCCCAACACUUGGUUAUGCACAUAGGAUAAGCUCUUAAAUGAGACUGGUUUUGAAGAUUAUUGCUGGGGAUUUCUGUUCUUCUGGCAAAGAGGUUUAGCUUAACCUACCUCCAACUCGCAAGACUGCAUCAGCCAUAUGUAAGUCCAGUUUGUAGAUAGAAGUUGUCCAUCCAACACGGUUUUCCUUUCUCCAACAGGGCAAUUUCUUUUGAAACAUAUUCUCGCUGAAUGAACCAUACAAUAUAUUUCUCAGCAUGGUCUACUCAACUCUUUCCACUGAAAGAGUUGAGAAAUUCAGGACCUCUUUUGUCAUAAACAUGAGUGGCCUUGCAGAGAGAUUUGACUUUGGUCAGUUUAUCAAUCUGCUGCUGUGCCGAUCUCAACUUUUUAAACACAAGCUUCAGGCUCAGAAGCCAUUCCACACUUUUCCCCAGGAACAGAAGUGUGAGAUUAACUUCAUCAAAGGAUUUCCUUUUUUAAUUCAGUGCUACAGACAACUAUGUCUCUUUACUUUGGGUCAUUAGCAGACUCUUGCUUCACUGGAAUACACUGUGGCCAACGUGUCUCUGGAAAGUCAAGGAAUUGUGGUGCCAAAAUUUGUCUUGUGGUUGACAGGUUGUUUAUGCGUGAUCAGUAGGGUUAAGCUCUGAGCUCAUGUAUCUCCAUUUUGAUGAUUGCGUCAUCUUGGUAAUAAUGGUGACUAUUGGCAACUAAGAUCUUGAAAUAUGUGUUUCUGUUUGCUCUGUAUUUCAAAACAACUGUGCUUUCGGACCAAAAUACAGACUUUGACAUUUCAAUUUGCAGCUCCAUUCUUAAUAGAUGAUCCAUUCAUGCAGCUAAAACAACUGCUAUAAGCUCGAGCCUGGAAAUGAUCGUAUACUUAAGUGGAGCAACAUGGGAUUUCAGAAAUGGUACAUGUACAUUAUUAUGACAGUCCAUUAAUCACAGCAUCACAACAAUGAUGUAAGGGGGCAGUCUUAAGCUUCCCAAAACCUGAAAGAAUGCAGUUCUGGUAAUUCAGUCAGCCAUUUUUGCCAUUGUUCAGCAAAAACUUCAGGUAUUCUGUAAUCCGCACUACAUUUCUACUUAAAGAGAUCUUGUAAUAUUUGCUUUCCAACCAGAAUCACUGGUGACAGAAACUGAACUCUCCAUUGAAAGAAUACCUCGUCUGGUGAUUGGCCUUAAAAUCACAAGUAUCAUCCUCCAUGUGUCACUGCAGGUCUUUAUCUAAGUCCAGCUCCUUCACCUCUUUGCUCCUCUUUUCUUGAGGAGUGACAGUCAGGAUGUAUCUGAAAUUAAAUAUCCACCUUGUCAACCUGUAUCCUCCUUGUGCACAAAGAUCUGCCAAUUCUUUAUGAAGUGAAACAGCUUCUUUUGAUUACUGCACAGACUUGAGAAUGUCUGGGUACUAUUCAUGAUUGUUUAUAGCUAUUUGUUUGAGGACAAAGAUAGUGCCAAAUAGAUGCACUAUCAUCCUAUAGUUGACUAAGUCUGGGAUUACAUUGUCAUCAGUUCAUCAGAGAGAUCGAAGGAAGUCUGUAUCUUCUCUCGUACUUGAUGGAACAUGCUCUCAAUAUCCUCCAUUAAUGCAAUGGGCCCUUGGCGAAAUUGUGGAAAAAUUGUGGAAGAGGUAUUAGGGAGGCCAGCAGGGGGUGCUCACCCUACAGUCUGUGUGGCCACAAUGCCCCCGUAUAGUGAUGGGAACAGUAUACUGUAUCCUUCAGAUGAGAUGUUAAACCGAGGUCUUUGUGGUCAUUAAAAAUCCCAGGGUACUUCUCGUAAAGAGUAGAGGUUUAUACAAAUUACCCCGAUGGCCCCCCAUCAAUCAUGGCCUCCUAAUAAUCCCCAUCUAUUAAUUGGCUUUAUCCCUCUACUCUCUCCUCUCCACCUAUAGCUGGUGUGUGGUGAGCGUACUGGAGCACUAUGGCUGCUGUCGCAUCAUCCAGGCGGAUGCUGCACACUGGUGAUGGUUGAGGAGAGUCCCCUGUUCACAAUGUCAAACCAAUAUCAAAUCCCUUUAUUGUCACUCAACCAUAUACACACGUGCAACAGUAAUCAGUGGAAAUAAAUAUGGAGUGUUGUGUUGACAUUCAGCUGUCGGUUGAUAUUCAGUUGCCAGUGUGUUAUUAAGAGAAGUAUAAAAUGUGGGUCCAGUCUGAGGCUAAUAAAGUGCUGAUAUAUGUAUCAUGUACGAUCAAGAGUUCAAAAGUCUGACUGCUUGGGGGUUGAAGCUGUCAUGUAGUCGGCUGGUGCUGGUCCUGAUGCUGCGAUACCGCCUGCCUGAUGGUAGCAGUGAAAACAGACCAUGACUCGGAUGGCUGGAGUCUUUGAUGAUCCUCCGAGCUUUUUUCACCCACCGCCUGUUAUAGAUGUCCUGGAGGGAGGGAAGCUCACCUCCAAUGAUGUUUCUGGCAGUUCGCUCCACCCUUUUGUGGGCAGUGCUAUUGCCGUACCAGGUGGUGAUGCAGCCAGUCAGGAUGCUCUUUACAGUACUGGUGUAGAACCGUGUGAGGAUGUGCUGGUUCAUUCCAAACUUCCUCAGCCGUCUCAGGAAGAAGAGGCGCUGGUGAGUCUUCUUCACAACGGCCACAGUGUGGACGGACCAUGUGAGUUCCUCAUUAAUGUGGACACCGAGGAACUGCUGACUCUCUCUACCGGUGCUCCAUUAAUGGUGAUGGGGCUGUGUUCUCUGUCUUUCUUCCUGAAGUCCAUCACAAGCUCCUUGGUUUUACUGACGUUGAGGGAGAGGUUGUGCUCCUGACACCAGCGUGUCAGAGUGUGGACCCCCUCUCUGUAGGCUCUUUCAUCAUUGUCAGUGAUUAGACCUACCGUCGUAUCGUCAGCAAACUUAAUGAUGGCAUUGGAGCUAUGUGUUGCCACACAGUCAUGUGUGUACAGGGAAUACAGGAGUGGGCUGAGAACACAGCCCUGCGGGGCUCCAGUGUUGAGGGUCAGUGAUGACGAGGUGUUGCUGCCCAUUCUAACCACCUGACAUCUACCUGACAGGAAGUCCAGGAUCCAGCUGCACAGCAAGCUGUUUAAGCCCAGAGCCCGGAGUUUUGAGUGUAGUGUCAGAAAAGCGCUACUUAAGUGAAACGUUCAUUCAUUCAUUCGUGUUGUCAAUAUCAUGCAUAUAACAGCAUAAGCCCCACCUUCAACGCUACUGAUAAUCUUCCACAGUUCCAAAGCCUUUGAAGCAUUGACCCCAAUUAGAAGACCAACAACAGUGCUUAGAUAUUUGAGUUUUACCUCAUCCGAAUAUGGCCAAGGUUCAAGAUCCUCCUGUAGGAGCACAUUAUCCAUACAAACUUGCAUCAACUUCUGAUUGUUCACAUCAGUGAAACACACAAAUGUGUCUUCACCAAGCCCUGCUACCUCUAACCCAGAUACCUUGAAGCUGUUGACAUGGUCCCUUUUAUUUUGGUAGGAUCCCUUUCCCUUCAUCAGUAACCCUAACCCAUCAAUAGUGCUGACGCUCACUGAGCUUCCUAAAUGCAAGCAUUUCUAAAAUGAUGAAUUGAAAUUACCCAGCGGUGUCGGAGUUAAUUCCAGUAUACUGUUCCUUCUGUUUUUUGUGUUCUCUUUUCUCUUCUUCUGUUUAAAAAAUUGUGAUACAGCACAGAUCAGUAACCAUAGGGUAGAUUACUUAUUAAAUGUAAUCUGGUACUGAUUACAAAUUACACAACUAAUGUAAAUCUGUAAUGUAAUCCUUUAAAUUACUCUUUAAGUAAUCUGAUUAAUUCUGGAUUACAUAAAUUUAGCUCCAAUUACAAGUACUUAGUUUUUGUAAUCUGAUUAUGUAAUCCAGUAUAUAUGAAAUGACUGAUGUCCCAACACGGUCAGUAACUUUAUUAACUGUCAAGCACAUUUUUAUACACGCAUCUGUUUUUAUUGUCUGUAGAAGAAUAUUAGUCAAGUGUUUAUAACCAGAAGUGUUGAAAUAAUAAAGUAUUAUGGUUCACUUUGUAUGUCGUCCUCUCUGCCUGAUGUUCUCUGAAGAACCGAGUAAACAAUCAAAUGUGUAAAUGUACCUUCAUUCACAUCAGAACAACUCGUUGUGUAAAUUCUGAUUACCAGAC